GCUGAGUUGAUUUGGUUUGGCGAGCGUUGCGCUGCGACCUCGAAGCUGUUGGACACGCGUGGAUGGUGCGUGGCUUCCGCGCGUGCUGCGGACCGGACUAGCCUGGACGGGGCGGGGCCGGCGCUCCGCCAAGGCUGGCGCGAUCAGGCCACAGUUUCCUCCCGGAGAGGAGCGUGGCGUCCACCAGCGGGCCCCCAGGCCCUCACCCCUCGCAGGCCCUCGGGCUUGACAGUCUCUCCGGCUUCCAGAGCCCCAGCGCAGGAUGUUCGUGCUGGUGGAGAUGGUGGACACCGUGCGCAUACCCCCGUGGCAGUUUGAGCGGAAACUCAACGACUCCAUUGCUGAGGAGCUGAACAAGAAAUUGGCCAACAAGGUCGUAUACAACGUGGGACUCUGCAUUUGCCUGUUUGAUAUCACCAAGCUGGAGGAUGCUUAUGUAUUCCCAGGGGAUGGAGCAUCACACACCAAAGUCCAUUUCCGCUAUGUGGUGUUCCACCCUUUCCUGGAUGAGAUUCUCAUUGGGAAAAUCAAAGGCUGCAGCCCAGAGGGUGUGCACGUCUCUUUAGGGUUCUUUGAUGACAUUCUCAUCCCCCCUGAGUCACUGCAGCAGCCUGCCAAGUUCGAUGAAACCGAACAAGUGUGGGUAUGGGAGUAUGAGACGGAGGAAGGAGCUCAUGACCUGUACAUGGACACUGGGGAGGAGAUCCGCUUCAGGGUGGUGGAUGAGAGCUUUGUGGACACAUCCCCCACAGGACCCAGCUCAGCUGAGGCUACCUCUUCAAGUGAGGAGCUGCCAAAGAAGGAAGCGCCUUAUACACUUGUGGGAUCUAUCAGUGAGCCAGGCCUGGGCCUUCUCUCCUGGUGGACCAGCAACUAGCCCCGGAGCUCACAGUGACUACCCAACCUGAAGACCCUGUCCAGACUUGUGAAAAGAGAGAGCAGUUGGCACACUUAAUGCUGCCUAGAGCCAGGCUUGGUGGGACCAGGAGCAGAGGGACAGGUGCAUGUCCUCUCCUUCCCCGGCACUGCACCUCUGGUCUGGAGCCACCCUGAAUCAUUCCCAGAGUGUCAUGGAUCCAGGCGGCCUUCUCACUUGCUGUAUAGCAUAGAAUACCCUGGAGUUUUGGAUCCUGUAGCUUCUACCUCUUGAGCGCUGGUGUGCAGUACCACAUUGAACUUAUGUGGAAGGUAGUGAUGGGUCCCAGGGCUUGUGCACACCAUGCAAGCAUUCUACCAGCUGAGCUGCUUUCCCAGCACAAGGACUUUUUAUUUUUAUUUUGUAAUUUCUUCAGGUCUGAGGAUGGAACCCAGGGCCUCUUUCAUGUCAGGCAGGUAUUGUACUAAUGAGCUAGGCCCAGUCUAUCCUAUGAACUUGUGGCUUUCAGUGACAGCAGAAAUAUUUAAUAAAUACUGUUGGCAGCAGCAGGAACCUUCCCAUUUCAAUAGCUGACAUCAUGAUCUAAGGUCACUGAAUUGUCCAUCUGGGAUAGCAUGCCUGCCCCACCCCAAGGUCCAUUUAGAGAUGACCUUUCCCAAGCCCACAGAUGAUAGAUCUUUGUUUAUGAGACCAGACUGACUACUGAGCUUAGUGGCUCUGUAAUAAAGGAAAAGGUCACUGUG